CCUCCCGGGCCGCCUCGGCGGUCGAAGUCGCGGUGCGGGCCUGCGGCAGGCGCCGAUGGAGAAGGCCGGGCGUGAGGGUGACGGCGCCCCCCGCGGGCCCGUCCUGCACAUCGUGGUGGUCGGCUUCCACCACAAGAAGGGCUGCCAGGUUGAAUUCUCUUACCCACCACUGAUUCCAGGAGAUGGACAUGACAGCCACACUUUACCUGAAGAAUGGAAGUAUUUGCCCUUUCUUGCCUUACCAGAUGGCGCACACAACUACCAGGAAGACACUGUGUUUUUUCACUUGCCACCCAGAAAUGGAAAUGGAGCCACAAUAUAUGGUAUAUCUUGCUAUCGACAAAUUGAAGCCAAGGCACUAAAAGUAAGGCAAGCCGAUGUCACCAGAGAGACUGUUCAGAAAAGCGUCUGUGUUCUAAGCAAGCUGCCUCUGUAUGGCUUACUUCAAGCAAAACUUCAACUCAUUACACAUGCAUAUUUUGAAGAAAAGGAUUUUUCCCAAAUUUCCAUUUUAAAGGAACUAUAUGAGCACAUGAAUAGUUCCUUGGGAGGAACUUCAUUAGAAGGAUCUCAAGUAUAUCUUGGCUUGUCUCCUCGAGAUCUUGUCCUUCAUUUUCGACACAAGGUCCUAAUCUUGUUUAAACUAAUUCUUCUUGAGAAAAAGGUUCUUUUUUAUAUUUCUCCAGUGAAUAAGUUGGUGGGCGCACUCAUGACUGUGCUGUCCCUGUUUCCAGGCAUGCUUGAACAUGGUCUCAGUGACUGUUCUCAGUACAGACCCCGAAAGAGUAUGUCUGAAGAUACUGGGCUUCAGGAAAGUAAUGCCCUUGAACAUGACUUUGUUUCUGGGUCAGCUGUUGACAUUUCACAUAUAAACUUGGGAACUGCCACAAAAGGCACAGCAGGAAAUCAUGGGGGAGAUGCUGCCGUCAAGACCAAGAAGCCUUUGUUCCAAGUAGAAGAAGACAGCAAAGGGCAGGAACUUAGUGAAACUAACCAGUAUUUGAAACCACCAUCUCGUCCAUCUCCAGAGUCUUCAGAAAGUGACUGGGAGACCUUGGAUCCUAGUGUUCUGGAGGACUCCAACUUAAAAGAAAAGGAACAGUUGGAGUCCGAGGAGGCAGACUUACUUCCAAAAGACUCUGUGCCUCCAAUCACUGUCCAGCCCCAGGCUAACACUGGGCCGGCAGUCCUGAUCCCAGGACUCAUUUCUGGUCUGGAAGAAGACCAGUAUGGUAUGCCUUUGGCCAUCUUCACAAAGGGAUAUCUGUGUUUGCCUUACAUGGCAUUGCAGCAGCAUCAUCUACUCUCUGAUGUCACCGUUCGGGGAUUUGUUGCUGGAGCUACUAACAUCCUUUUUCGACAACAGAAACACCUCAGUGAUGCCAUUGUGGAAGUAGAAGAAGCACUGAUCCAGAUCCAUGAUCCAGAACUCAGGAAGCUGCUUAACCCAACCACUGCAGAUUUAAGAUUUGCAGAUUACCUAGUGAGGCAUGUGACUGAGAAUCGGGACGAUGUCUUUCUCGAUGGCACAGGCUGGGAGGGAGGUGAUGAAUGGAUUCGAGCCCAGUUUGCAGUCUACAUCCAUGCCCUGCUAGCUGCUACACUGCAGUUAGAGAAUGAAAAGAUAUUAUCAGACUAUGGGACAACUUUUGUUACAGCCUGGAAGAACACUCACAACUAUAGGAUAUGGAACAGCAACAGACACCCCGCACUCACAGAGAUAAAUCCAAAUCAUCCAUUUCAAGGCCAGUACUCAGUGUCAGACAUGAAGUUAAGAUUUUCACAUUCUGUUCAGAACAGUGAACGUGGCAAAAAACUUGGAAACGUCAUGGUCACAACCAGCCGGAAUGUUGUACAAACAGGAAAAGCUGUUGGCCAAUCAGUCGGAGGAGCUUUUUCCAGUGCAAAGACAGCUAUGUCAUCAUGGCUGUCUACUUUCACCACGUCCACUCCACAGAGUCUCCCCGAGCCACCAAAUGGGAAACCCUGAGCCCCACGCCAGAGAUUGCAUUACUUUGUUAGAUGUGAGCACUGCUGCCUAUCUGCUGACCUCCUUCAUCCAUGGGCCCACAGCAAGGGAUCAAGAUAUCAAGCAGUUUACAUGGACGGUUGCACUCUGUGUAAACGAAUGUCACAGGACAGUGAACAGAUGAAACCACAACCCUAGCAGGGAUGGCUUUCCAGGUUGAGGUGUAGAUGGACUACUUUCUUUUCAUUCUGAGCCUAAUUAAUCACAAUGAAUCUUCUAGUGAACUUUCCAGUUCUGAGAUUGUGUAUUUGUUUACUUGAGAAAAGUUUUUCCAUGUAUAUAUGUUGUUCUGUUUGCUAUUUUCAAUAUGUAGAUGGUCAUUUUUAUGUUGCUAUUUUCUUUCAUUUGAAGUUGGCCCCAAAAUAUGCUUAUAAAAAAGGGCCAUGCAUCUACCCUGUAUUCUUUUCCUGAGUUCUGAUGAACAAAACAUAUUUACCAGUUCACUUCUGCCUAGAGCUGUGACAUUUAGAGGGAAAGUCUAAAGUUAGCUUGAUUCGUUGUUGUCUGACAUUCUUGCUUUAAGACAGCAGAGAAGUAGCUGAGCAUUUCUCCUCAUCCUUUUACUGCGCUAGUCAAUGCAAGGGAACAGUACAGCAAAGGACUCAGCAGUGCUGAAGUGGCGUAACAUGAUGUGUGUUAGGGCAGUACUUGAAAAGACACUCUUUUUAACUUGUCUUAAUCAGCAAUUGUUUUAAUCUAAAGUUUGUGCCCAUUGUUUCUUCCUUGAAACAGUUUUCCAUUGGGUGUUGAAAGGCUUUUAUUCAUAGUCUUAGUCUUCAUAAAGCUUUUCAGAAAAGGCAUUUGACCUUCCCACUUCUCUGAUUGAAAACGCUCCUAUAAUCAAUUGCUGGCACUUCUGAAGAAAAGCAAAUGAUCAAUAAAUGUUAACUAGAAAUUGCUAUGUAGUUCACAUUUAGAGAAGCAAGAAAAGAAAGCUACAUCCAUGCAUUAGUCGCCUUUUUGGCAAAGGACACCUGUUUUCAUGUUGCCAUGGCAUGUGUCAUGGGCAUGUGUUUGCCUCUUUCUGAUGAUUUAUACACAGCUGGGACUAGUGUGCUUGCCAUACUUAGCUGUCAUUUACUUUUUAGGGGGCUUCAAAGGGUAUUCUCAGGGAAUAUUUGUGAGGGCCAGUAACAAAGACACAUGGAAAACACAUUAUGAGUAUAAUCUACAUAUGGUAUAAUAAGUACUGGGAAAUUAAGGGGCCUAAUUAAGGACACUGACUAUAUUUGAUCACUUAUGAAAUUAUGAAAAAAUAUAGGGGCAUAAUGUAACAUUACUAAACUUUCCAGUUUCAGUACCCACAUAAGACUACUAGGUCUUGAAGCAAACUUCCAUCGAGAUUAAUCAGUUCAGAAUUCAUUGAUGACAUUGAUAGGCUUCAUAUAAGGACUUCAGCCAGGAACAGUAACAUCAAGAAAUAUUUGGAGAUAAGAUAGUAAUAACAAACAACACCUCAAAAGGUAUUUGAAUCACUGUUGCACUAAGACUAAAGAAUUUAUCCUCACAGUUCAUGCAUCUCCAUCAUUAGUUGGAGCAUGUGUAGUUGAUACUGCUAAGAGCUUGAAGCCCUCUGAAGGGUCAGCCAGCAAGAUAAUCGUUCAUUCUUUUUUUUUAAAUAUUUUGUUCAUUCUUAUUUAUUUAUUUGAGAGUAACAGAGAGGGAGAGAAUGGGCGCGCCAGGGCCUCCAGCCACUGCAGACGAACUCCAGACGCGUGUGCCCCCUUGUGCAUCUGGCUAAUGUGGGUCCUGGGGAAUCAAGCUUCGAACCGGGGUCCUUAGGCUUCACAGGCAAGUGCUUAACCACUAAGCCAUCUCUCCAGCCUGUCAUUCUUUAGUUUGCAUUAGGUUUGUAUGAAUUGGGUAAAUGCUUGUCACUCACUUUGGACUCCACUGGGAAAAUAAAAAAAUAGGUUACUGAAAUUUAACUGCUUUAGUAAUCACAUCCUCUCCUCUGAGUUUUACUGUUUUGCCCAAUUGGGCCUCAAAAUUGCUAUCACUUGCCUCAGCUUCCCAAAUAACUGUGCCAGGCUUGCAUGUAUAUUUUAAGUGGACUUUCUAGUAA